GAUUAUAUUUGGGUUAAAACUAAAUUCUAUUGAUACUAGUUUGGGGUUUAGCAUCCUGAAUUUUAUUGGUUAACUAAGAAUAUUUCUGGUUGUUUCUGCUAAAAACCACAGCCCCAUCUCAGGGCAAUACAAAAACAUUUCUGGCAGUAACUGUUCCAACAGUGAUUUUAAACGCGGUUCCCUCUAUGAAGCAAACUUAUGGCACGAGAGAAUGGCUGCAGUCGAUGACUUUGUGUAAUUACGUGCAGUUUGUUCGUUGAUGCUCAUUGCCUUCAGUGACAGACCCCGGGAGCGAACACAACUCGUUGUUUGCUGCGGAGGAGCUGGGCUCAGGCAGGCUGUCCGCCGGGACUCAACAUCGCACCGCGGGCACACAUCCCAGCGGCGCUCGCUGAAUCCCGCCUUUCAGAAAGCCCUGUAACAUUUCGUGUUUAACUAUAAAAACCUUUUACGUGCUUUUGCUGGAUUUAGAGACUGCACAGACGCAACAUGGGGCUUUUCUUUGGCGUUCCUGCUUCGUCCGUGGGGCCGCGGGGCCGAAGGCCCGUUGCCGAUGAGGGAGCGAAGGGCGGGGCUGCCCCGCCCGCGCUGGGCUCCGCCCCGGGCCCGCGGCCUGCGGAGGCCGCCCCGACCGCCCCCGGCGGGCGCCACCUGCCCGCCCGGCGGCCCCGCCGCGCCGCCCGCGCCCAUAGGCCGGCGGGCUGUGGCGGGCGCGGCCGCGCUCACUCCGCGCUGAGCGCCGGGCCGGGCCGGGCGAUGCCGUGCGGGCAGCCCGACAGCGGGGCCGCGGCCGCCCCGGCGCGGUACGUGCUGGGGGUGGAUGUGGGCAGCACGAUGGUGAAGUGCCACGUCUAUGACCGCGCGGCCGCCGUCAGGGGCUCCAGCUGCAGGAAGGUGGAGUCGCUUUAUCCUCGUCCUGGAUGGGUUGAAUUAGAUCCUGAAGUGCUGUGGAGUCAAUUUGUUGGUGUAAUAAAAGAGGCUGUACAAACUGCAGGGCUUCACAUGGGGCAAAUUGCUGGUCUUGGCAUCUCCACACAGAGAGGAACUUUCAUUACAUGGCACAAGAGGACAGGGAAACCUUUUCAUAAUUUCAUAAGUUGGCAAGACAUAAGAAGUGCUGAACUUGUGCGUUCCUGGAAUAAGUCCCUCCUGCUGAAGGUAAUCCAUGUUAUUUUUACAGUGCUUCAUUUCUUGACUGGGAACGAUCGAUAUUUGGCACCAAGUUUUCUUACUUUUUCAACACAACAAACUUCUAUGAAGUUGUCAUGGGUUUUUAAAAACAUACCUGAGGCUGAAGAAGCUGCCAAAAAAAACAACUGCUGCUUUGGGACAAUUGACACAUGGUUACUGUAUAGAUUGACUAAAGGUUCUGUGUAUGCUACAGAUUACUCCAGUGCCAGUUCUACAGGCAUUUUUGAACCCUUUACGAAAUGUUGGAGCCCCACUUUAUGUAAUCUACUUUCUCUUCCAAAGUCUAUUUAUCCACCAGUGAAAGACACGAGCUUCAACUUCGGAUCAGCUGACUCUGAAAUAUUUGGGGUACCUAUUCCAAUAAUGGCACUGGUAGCUGAUCAGCAGUCAGCUAUGUUUGGAGAAUGCUGCUUCCACCCAGGAGAUGUUAAACUGACAAUGGGAACGGGAGGUUUCUGGAAUGUGAAUACUGGAGAGCGUCUCUUUGCAUCACAGAGAAGUCUUUAUCCACUGAUUGGUUGGAAGAUUGGGAAAGAAGUUGUUUACUUAACUGAAGGCACUAUAUCGGACAUUGGCACUGCCAUAAAGUGGGCUCAGGAUAUAGAUCUUUUCACCAGUGUAGAUGAAACAGCAGAAAUGGCACAGAGCAUUGCUGAUUCUCAAGGCGUUUGUUUCAUUCCAGGUCUUCAGGUUUCUGUGGAUGGCACAUAUUUAUGUGCCUCUUUCAUGGGGCUGAAGCCUUCCACUACCAGAAACCAUCUUGUACGAGCUAUACUGGAAUCUAUAGCUUUCAGAAACAAAGUGCUUUAUGAUACCAUUGUGAAGAAGGUGCACAUUCCUCUUCAAACCAUUCGCCAGGGGUCAGCAUGGCACUGUGAUCAAGAGAGAGGCAGCCUUCCUAUCCCUCCUGUGCCUCUGCAGAGGAAGGAACAGACUGGCAGGCAUGUGGACACAAAUCACUCUUGAGUAGUGGAAGAAAACUGAGAGUACAAGGUGGGAGGAGCCAGAAGUUUCUCUUUUCCAUCAUGUACUGGAGCAGAGUAGGCAAAGGUGAAGAAACAGCCAGGCUUGGGGGUUUAAUGGAGACAAAAAGAUUAAAAGUAUCUGAAUUUUUGAUUCCUUAGGAAACUUUUUUACGUGGAAAAUUGCAUCCAAAAUUUGAGAAGUCACAUUAAGAGUGCAAACUGAAAAAUGGGAAGUGUGGAAGUACAGCCUAGGGAAUAUUAGAAUUCUGAUCCCACUUAUGUUGUAAUAUAAACUUUAAAUUGUAUGAUCACGUUAUUUUCUAUUCAUUGAUAGAAAAAUUGCUGCUUCAUAUAGUGACUAAUAGUUAACUAGCAUCAGUAGCAAUUCAACUUGUGGGUUAAGCAUUAGAAGAUAAUGAGAUAAACUCAGUGGAGUUUUCAGUAGGGUUGUAAACUGCUCUCCCAUCCUUUUGUCUGCACAUCUUCAGUAUCUGUCAGUUACUUUUGAUUUUUUGGUUUUGCUUUUAUCCCAUAAAUACUUUCAUUCCCUUUUUAGCUGUUGUCCUGUAUCCCUUGUUCUUUCCCAGUCUCUGGCUCUUACAAGCUCCUACCAAGUUGUUGUUUUCAUUAGUCCUCUACUUUCCUAUUACUUCUCUUUGCUUGUCUCAACACCAUCAAGGAAAACACAGAGAAAGAACCCUCACUUUAGCCCAGCUGUUCUGUGCUGUAACAGCCUGCAGGAGCCUUUUUAAGGAUGAUCUUGGUGGUCCCUGGAGCCCUGGAGUGUUCAUGUGUUCUGUGAAAUAGCACAUCCCUGGUCAAAUGGCACAUAGGAACUUGGAGCUAGCAGAUGUACAGAUUGAAUCUUCAAAGUAUCCAGCAGCAAAAUUUGGCUAAAUGUAAAACUGAGUAUUUGGAAAUUUUUAAUAGUAUGGAAGACUUCACCUGGCAUAUUUGAAUUGAAGAUCUUGAAGCAAUUAAUAAGUUUUAUUACCCAACACUUUCUAUAGCAAUAAACAGUAGAGGUCUUUUCUAUACCACACUUGAUAGAGCAACAGCUCCAUGCUUGGCUGGUAUUGGAGUCCAAGAGCAUAAUGAACCAAUCUCUGACAUUUCAAAGAUUGCUUUUUGUCACAGUUACUUUUGUUUGCAAGUGCGAUUACUUUGUUCUCUCAGAUGAUUAAAGAUUUCCAUUGAUAA